AUGGCUGAUUUAUCUCCAAUUUGGAACCAAAAACUGUUAAUACCUCCACCAAUUUGUAACCUGAAAAUUGAAGUGACUGUGAAAAAUAUAGACAAAUUGAAGUCCCUGAAACAGAUACUGGAGAAAUGUUUAACAGUACUAGAUGAUGAUACAGCUAUUUCUUCAGAGAUAUUUAUUUUAUCAAGAUUGAUAUAUAAACGCAAUUUACAACUUCGACGAGAAAAAACAAUGAAAUUCCUUAAACAGAUAGAAAAGUGUAUGAAGAGAUAUAUUGAGAUGGACAUUAAGAAACUUAUCGUAGACUUCAAAAAGAGUUUUGAUGAGUAUGAUACUUUUUUUUUAAAAAAGGCAUGGAAAAAGAGUCUAGUUGUUUAG